CCAUGGGGUUGGGUGGGGACCUCAAAGGCACUUGCUGAUCUUGGCUGCAUGGGUGGAAAAUUGUAAACAGCCAAAGAAUUUUGUUUGCUUGCAUGGGGCCAGAGGAGGCUGCCCAGACCCAAAGCGAAAGAGCCUGGGAGGAGGGAGAGAGGCCACGUGCUGGAAGUCCUGGGGCUCAGGCAGGGCUGCAUCCCCCCACUCCCCCUCCUGAAGGCCCCUGGUCGUCCCACGGAUGCCCACCCUUCACUGCCAACCAGCCAGCGAGAGCAGGCCAGAGACACCAGGCCUGAGGCUCAGCUAAGAGAGGCAGGUCCCUCCCCAGCCUGGCUGGGCACAGACACCUCCACUCCAGGAACUCGCAGGAAAUGCACCAGAGAGCCAUGGCCUCCCUUGCAGACCCCCAGGGAGCUGCCAGUCAGCCUUGGGGAAAAUGUAAGAGGAUGCAUUUUGAGGGAACUGAGGGGUGGAAGACGCCCACCUUCGAGCCCUGGCAUGUUUAGCCAGGUGGACCUGAGGACCCCCUUGGCCACGGUCGACAUUCAGCUCCUCCAAGGAAGAACCCCUGGCGGUAUCAAAAGGGUGUGUGCCCCAGAGUCACCUUUAGGCCAAGGCCACAGACCCUUCCCAGUUGAGGCGCUGAGAAGCCCCUUCCUAUCCUUGAAGCCCCCUGGAGUGUCUCACUCUGGUGAGGCAGACUUUGCCUGCCACCUACACCCUUGGAAGAAAGACAGUCCAUGGACAUGACAUAGAAUGCCCCUCACCUUCCAACACAGACGUGGGACCACUGGUCAGGACCGGUCUCUGACCAGUGCCGAAGUCACUUUUCUCCUGCUGUCGGCCUGCCCCUCCAGCCCUCUUCUCCCACCCAACACUGGCCGUUAUCAGAGCCACUGCCAGCCAGGUGGCAGAAGUACUAAGUCGCCCAAGCCCUGCGGAAGGAUGGGGGCUGGGUCUUGGGGGCCCAUCAGAUCUCCACUUGAGGACCCCUUCCCUGACCAGCCCUUCUCAGCAGACUCCUGGGGACCCAGGUGGCAGCGAGCCCCUCACUCCCCGCCUCCAGCCCCCAGGCUGCGGAGGGACAGACAGGUGAAAGAAGCGAGUCCCUGGCUGUGCCCUGUCUGCCGUUCCCUCUGCCGGCUGCACAGCUCUGCCCAGGGCUACGAGGUCUCUAUUGCUUCUUCCUCAUUUGCCCGGACGGACGGCAUGCCCAACUGCCAGGACCUCUGUGUGGGGCAUCCUCUAGCCGUGAAGCCCCACAGGGGAGGGGUCGGCCCUUCCUGCCCCUCCCUCGUGCCCGCUCCACUCUGGCCAGGCCACCAACUCCAGCCGGUCCCGGCUGCCUGCCCAGUCACCCGACCCGCCCCGUAAACUUGACGGGGCGGGCGCAGCUGGCUUGGUGGGGGCGGGGGCUGCUCCUUAAAGGAGCCGUCAGAGGGUGCCCGGGGCCCCUCGGCUUCUCCGACCUUCUCCAGGGUGAGAAGAGGCAGCAGGCUGAGGAGCCGCCGCUGCCGGAGCUCUCGGUGGAGUGUGGGGAGGAAGCCUGGUGUCCUGGGAUGCCGCAGACCUCCUGGGCCUAGAAGAGACGGUGGCAAGUGCCAGGGAAGGAAGGAAGGAGGGAGGACCUUGCCUGUGUGCCCCAAUGCCCCUAGCCCCAGUCCCCGGCUGGCAUGAAGUAGGCGCACUGACUUGGUGAAUUAAUGCCUGUGGCUCCUUCUCCUCCAGAUCCCGGGGCAGAGUCCAGGGCUGCUCAAGGCUCCUCCGCACGCGCCCGCUGAACCCUGAGCUCCCUGAGCCGCGGGGAUGGGGCGGGCCGAGGCUGCCGCCAUGAUCCCGGGCCUGGCCCUGCUCUGGGUGGCAGGGCUGGGGGCUGCUGCGCCCAGCACCCCACGCCUCCGCCUCUCCUUCCAAGAGCUCCAGGCCCGGCAUGGUCUCCGGACCUUCAGGCUGGAGAGGACCUGCUGCUAUGAAGUGCUGCUGCUCGAUGAGGAACGUGGGCGCCUGUUUGUGGGCGCCGAGAACCACGUGGCCUCCCUCAGCCUGGACAACAUUAGCAAGAGGGCCAAGAAGCUGGCCUGGCCGGCCCGUGUGGAAUGGCGAGAGGAGUGCAACUGGGCCGGGAAGGACAUUGGCACCGAGUGCAUGAACUUCGUGAAGUUGCUCCAUGCCUACAACCAUACCCACUUGCUGGCCUGUGGCACAGGGGCCUUCCACCCAAUCUGUGCAUUUGUGGAGGUGGGCCAGCGGCUGGAGGAGCCCAUGCUCCGGCUGGACCCUCGAAGGCUGGAGGAUGGCAAGGGCAAGAGUCCUUAUGACCCCAGGCAUCGGGCUGCCUCCGUGCUGGUGGGGGAAGAGCUGUACUCGGGGGUAGCUGCGGACCUCAUGGGCCGGGACUUCACCAUCUUCCGCAGCCUCGGCCAGCGUCCAAGUCUUCGGACAGAGCCGCACGACUCCCGCUGGCUUAACGAGCCCAAGUUUAUCAAGGUCUUUUGGAUCCCGGAGAGUGAAAACCCAGAUGAUGACAAGAUCUACUUCUUCUUCCGUGAGUCGGCGGUGGAGGCCACGCCGGCGCUGGGACGCCUGUCUGUGUCCCGCGUUGGCCAGAUCUGCAGGAACGAUGUGGGUGGCCAGCGCAGCCUGGUCAACAAGUGGACAACGUUCCUGAAGGCGCGGCUGGUGUGCUCGGUGCCCGGUGCCGAGGGUGAUACGAACUUUGACCAGCUCCAGGACGUGUUCCUGUUGUCCUCGCGAGAUCGCUGGACCCCGCUGCUCUAUGCUGUCUUCUCCACAUCCAGCAGCAUCUUCCAGGGUUCUGCCGUGUGCGUGUACAGCAUGAAUGAUGUACGCCGGGCCUUCCUGGGACCCUUUGCACACAAGGAGGGGCCCAUGCACCAGUGGGUGUCCUACCAGGGACGUGUCCCCUACCCCCGACCUGGCAUGUGCCCCAGCAAGACUUUUGGCACCUUCAGUUCCACCAAGGACUUUCCUGAUGAUGUCAUCCAGUUUGCCCGGAACCACCCCCUCAUGUACAAUUCGGUCCUGCCCAUCGGUGGGCGCCCUCUCUUCCAACAAGUGGGCGCUGGGUACACGUUCACCCAGAUCACUGCAGAUCGUGUCGCAGCUGCUGAUGGAUACUACGAUGUCCUCUUCAUCGGCACAGAUGCAGGCACAGUGCUGAAGGUGAUCUCCGUCCCCAAGGGCGGCUGGCCGAAUGCCGAGGGGCUGCUUCUGGAGGAAUUACACAUGUUUGAGGACUCAGCUGCUGUCACCAGCAUGCAAAUCUCCUCCAAGAGGCACCAGCUGUACGCAGCCUCUCGCAGCGGGGUGGCCCAGAUCCCGUUGCACCGCUGCGCUGCCCACGGCCGUGCCUGUGCCGAAUGCUGCCUGGCACGUGACCCCUACUGUGCCUGGGAUGGGGCCAAGUGCACUCGCUUCCAGCCCAGUGCCAAGAGGCGGUUCCGAAGGCAGGACGUAAGGAACGGCGAUCCCAGCACACUGUGUUCCGGGGACUCAUCCCACCCUGCGCUGCUGGAGCAGAAGGUGCUGGGUGUGGAGGGAGGUAGCGCCUUCCUGGAGUGUGAGCCCCGCUCGCUGCAGGCGCACGUGGAGUGGACCUUCCAGCGCGCGGGGGAGUCUUCCUACACUCAGCAGGUGCCUGCGGAGGAGCGAGCGGAGCGCUCGAGGAGGGGAUUGCUGCUGCGCGGGCUACGGCGUGGGGACUCCGGCGUGUACCUGUGUGCAGCGGUGGAGCAGGGCUUUUCGCAGCCACUGCGUCGCCUGGCGCUGCACGUGCUGAGCGCAGCACAGGCUGAAAGACUGGCCCGGGCCGAGGAUACUGCGCCAGUCGCCCCGCCGGGCCCCAAGCUCUGGUACCGGGACUUUCUGCAGCUGGUGGAGCCCGGCGGCGGUGGUGCGAACUCCCUGCGAAUGUGUCGCCCGCAGCCCGCGCCGCGCCCACAGGUCCCUGAGUCACGGAGAAAGGGCCGCAACCGGAGGACACACGCCCCAGAGCUGCGGGCUGAGCGGGGCCCGCGCAGCGCAGCGGACUGGUGACUUGGCCGUCCCCACGCUGGGGACUGGGGAGGAGGCGGCAGGAGGGAGAGGGGGCGCUCAGACCCUGGGAGACGGCUAGGGGCCCGGCGUUUCCUGAUGGAGGGAAGACACCGACUGACAGGCCCUGGCCAAGGGGCAGCCAUGCUGGCUUAUUUAUUAACAAGAGGAUAACCCUUGAAUGUAACCCCAAUAGGGGCGGCCUAGGCUGAGCACAGGGUCCGGCUGGUCGGGAGGCAGCAGAGAAGCAGGGUUCCCCGGGUACUUGGGUGGGAGUGGUGCCCGGAAUGCCCACCCUGGGAGAAGGACCACCUCUUUGGGCAAUGAGCAGAAAGCUGUGAACAGGCUGGGUGGGUGGGGUGGGGCAGGCCAACUGUACUAAUGCAAUAAACACAUUUUCAGCCAAAGCUGGAAUGGCCCGAGCAGACAA